AUGGAAGGUGGAAAUAAAGAAAACGUCUUAGAUGAAUUCAUUAAAGCGUUAGUGAAGAAUGGGAAUAUAAAAGAUAGAAACCCUCCCGCAGCAUUAUCUGAUAAAACUUUAGAUAAAUUGAUUGAAUUAAGAGUGGAGAUGGAAAAAACAAAACAAUUUUAUUACAUAUUAGAAAAUAAAACUAAAGUGGUUGAAAUCUUAAAACUUUGUGAGAAAUUAGACUUACCUAAGAAUGAAAUAAUAAAAUAUCUGGAAAGUAAUGGACCUAGUUCUCUUCCUGUAACUCCUAAAUCAAACAUCGACGAGUUGAAUGGCCCGCAAUACAAAAGAAAAGAAACAGCAUUAUCAAACAAUGAAAGGGAAAACACAAUUGAGUCGAACUCGCUUCCUCUAUCAGUUCCAAUAAGUAAAUUUAAUGAGAUUAAUAUUGCAAAGUCGCCUGACAAUAAACAAAAUAAUGAAAUAAAUACAGUUAGAAGUGAAAAUAUACUUCCCAGAAUGUCACCUAAAAGGCCAAUUAUUUCACCACAUUCACAAUCUACUGAAUUAACAUCACCAAUAAAUAAAAAAUAUUCAAUAGAUUCAAAAAUGCCAAAAAAACAUUUAAGGACGCUUUCAGUUCCAGUUUUAAGACUUCAUCAGAAUUCCGAUAUUCCCUCUAGUAUGACAUCUAUUUUAGGUUUUCCAAAGGAUACUGAUGAUUUCCAGGACCAUUUCACACACACCUUUGCAUUUGAAAAACCUUUAAACGUCACAAAUAAGAAACAACCAUUUAAAUCUAAGCAUAUAAAAACUAGUAUGUCUCAGGAGGCUCCUAGUAAUCUGAAGAAGGCUUAUGAGGUAGCAACUAAUACAUCAGUAGCUGUUCCACGAUAUCCGUUGAACCAAUCUGCAAUAUUAACUUCACACCAGACAUUGAAAGAAGAUUCUUCCCAAAAGAAAAAUGAAAUAAUAUCUUCAAUUAAUAAUAAAAUACAUAAAGAAAUUAAUGGAAGGUCGCUUAGUCAGACAAUUCAUAAAAGUUCAUUAAGUGAACUUUUAAAUAAUACAUAG